AUUUCCCGUUAACACGCGCAGUAGAGCAAUGUGUUGAGUGUGUAUACCACCACGAACUGAUACGGCAUGAAUGAAUGAGAUGAUACGCUGAUUUGAGAUAUAUUACUGUUUUGUUGUUGUAAGUCUUAUUUGGAUACAGUCAUACACAAGAAGAACAAAUGACUUCAAAGAGCCGCCUGCCCAUUGACAGGGGUUGGGCAUGGGUAAUAGUUGGUGCCAGUUUCAUGAAUAUUUUCUGCAUGGUUGGACUGGCGAAAUCAUUUGGUAUUCUAGUAGAACAAUUUAUAGAGACGUUUCAUAUAUCUACAGCCUUGGCGACAAUGGUAAUCAGCGUUUCCGGAAUAAUUUAUGCCUUCGCUGCUCCAAUUAGUAUCAUCCUUGGCGAGCAUUUUACAGCUCGAGCAGUGGUAAUGAUUGGAGGGGUAGUAGCAUUUAUUGGUAUGUCAAUCAGCAGUUUAUUACUCAGCAUAGGAUUUGUAAUAGGAUUUCUGGGCAUAGGUUUUGGUAUAGGAAACGCCACCUUAUAUGGAAAUAGCCUAGUCAUGGUAGGAAAUUACUUCAAGAAAAGGCGGACAUUGGCCAAUGGUUUGGCUUUAGCGGGUGCUAGUAUAGGACAAUUUACUUUACCGCCAUUUAUUCAGUUCUUACUGGAUACGUAUGGUUUAAAUGGCACGCUACUUCUGCUCGGAGCGCUCUAUUUCCAUGUCACAUUAUUUGGUUCACUGUUCCGACCAAUCAAAGGUUAUGAAACGAAAUCUUGUGAAAAUGACAGUAAAAUACAGGAAGAGACUGAACUACAGACCUUUAUUAAAUCUAUAUCAAAAGAAGAAGUAAAUUAUGACGUAAAAUUACGAGCACUCAUGGCUAGCACGGGCAGCAUAUUCUUAGAAGAAGACACUGAGGCCACACAACUUAAUGACACGGGUGUGAUCCAAAAUGGACACGUACACGAUGCUUCCGAAAGAAAGAAUAUUUGUAGAAAAUUAUUUGAUUUUAGCGUAUUACGAAGACCGGUUUCAAUAUUUUAUGUUAUAUGUAGUUUUCUGGCUUUUUUCGGUUAUUUUAAUUUCAUUUUAUUUUUACCUCUUCACGUCAAGGAUAAAGGUAUCGACAAAUAUGAAAAGGCACUAAUGUUAUCGAUUUGCGGUAUUGGUGAUCUUUUGGGUCGUAUUGGUAGCGGUAUCCUCGGCGACCUCAACGUGAUACAACGUUAUAAAAUAAAAGCCGUCAGCGUCAUACUAAUUGGGGUAGUUAUUCUCUGUUUUUUACCAGUUAACAAUUUUAUCGUCAUGUCAGUGCUCUCAGGAUUUUAUGGAUUUUUCGGUGGUGUUUAUGUAAACUAUAUGUCAGUUGUUCUUAUUGACUUUGUGGGACUAAAAUUAAUGCCAAAGGUUUUAGCCUUAAUUUUACUGAUACAGGGUUGUGGGGCGGCGGCUGGUCAGCCAUUUUUAGGCUGGCUAAGAGAUAUAACUGGUACAUUCAAUAUAGUUAUUUAUAUCUGUGGUAUUACACCACUAAUAGGCGGCACUCUACUUUUAUUUUAUCCUUUAGUUAAAAAAAGAGACGAUAUAGCACAGUUGCAUACCACUGCCAAGUAUGACAUUUCUAGUUAGAGCCCUGAUUAAAUAUGUUUGAAUAUUAAUUAUGUAUCGUAAAGUAGGUUCACUAAAUAAUUAAAUAUAUUUAAUUUUC